GUAUUUGAACAAGACAAUAUCCUCCUCUAAGAACAAAAAAACACAAGAUUACAACUUCCUGAAUCAUUUGUUCUUCAACUGUGUCUUCUACUCAGUGCUUGGACAUAUUCUGCAUAUCAUCCUAUACGAAUCUCGCCUUCUUUCGCGGAGACUCUUCUUCCCAACAGCUCUCGCCCGCCCUCCCUCUCCAUACUCAACUCACAUAAAUAAAACCAACAAUAAAAAAUCCACAAAAUCCACAAUGGCAUCCCCCCCAGCAAAAACCCACAUCCUCGACAGAAACAACUACACGUCCCACCACCUCGUCACCCUCUCCCCAGCCCCAACAUUACCUCCGCUCCCGCCAUCCUCCCUCCGCCUGCGCACCAAAAUCAUCAGCCUAAGCACCAACAACUUGAGCUACGCGCGAAUGGGCCACCUCCUAGGCUGGUGGGACACAUAUCCGCUCCCUCUGGAACAGACACCAGCACCAUUCAACGACGCCUCAAAGUACGGUCGCAUUUCCGCAUGGGGCUAUGCAGAGGUCGUGGAGAGCAACGUCGCAGGCAUCGAAGCCGGCAGCGCGACGUUAUACGGCUACCUCCCCAUCAGCAGCGAGGUGUGGACCGUGGCGGUCGAGCAGACGGGGAUCAAAGGGCAAAUCGUGGUCGUAGACGCGUAUCGGCAGCACUUGUUGAAGAUGUAUAACCGGUACACGGUGCUUGGGGCGUCUGUUGCGGAGCUCGAGGAGAGGGGCGAUGGAGGGUUGGACUCGCUGGGCUGGGAUGCGUUGAUGCUGCCGACGUUUGGCACCGCGUAUAACAUGAACAUGUACGGGUUUGCGUGGGAGGAUGGGAACCGCGUGCAUCCUGGUGGGGAGAGGGAAUGGACGGCCGCGGACGCGGAUCUGGAUGACGCCGUGGUCGUGGUGCUGAAUGCGAGUGGGAAGACGGCCAUGUCGUGGGCGUAUGCGCUGCGCAACUACCGGCCAAAGGAGCACCAGCCGAAGAUGAUCGUUGGGGUUGCAUCUGAAGCGUCCAAAGCGGUGGUGGAGGGGAGUGGUUUCUACGACAAGGUGGUGCUCAAUCCCGACGCUGAAGCUUUUGUGGCGGAUCCUGCUUUAUCCCAGGCUCGUCGCGUGCUUCUCUUCGAUUUUGGUGCCAGGGAAGGGGCGUUGAAAUCGUGGCGCUCUGCACUCUCCUCUGCCGGAAUUCCUUUCACUUUCAUGGGUUUAGGCGGGGAGGUAAAAGCUUUAAGCCAGGAGGAAGUGAUGAAGGCCUUGUCAUCGCAGCCAAGCGACAGGAUCCAGGUCCACGCAGAUGUGAUGAGAGAGAAAGGAAUUGCCGUCAAAGGCCAACAAUACUUUGAUGAGUUCAACCACACUUGGGAGCGCUUCAAGGCCACGGGUGGCAUUAGGGGCAUCAAUCUGGUGUGGGGUCAGAGUUUAGAAGAUUGGGAGCAGGGCUGGGAAGCUCUUUGCCAUGACAAGAUACCCAACAUGGCGGGUACCGGUUUAUUGUAUCGGAUUUGA